AAAAAUCACAAUCACGAUGUAAAAAAUUCAAAACCCAAACUCAAUUUUAAUCCUCUUUUUCUUAAUUAUAAAAAAAUGAAUAUAAAAAAAGCAAGUUGGUUUCGUUGUAUAUAUAGUGUUUAUUCUCCUCCUCUUCUCAACUGUCUCCUCCGUGUUCAACUCGCGUGCAUUGCAGUCAGACCAAACCGAGAAACCAAAGAGAAUUCAGAGAGAGAAAGUACCCAGAAACACAAGAGAGACAAAACCCUUUUUCCCAAUUUUAUCCCUUGCAUUUUCCUAUCAUCUCAUUUUCUCUCCAUCUGGGUUUCACUUUUUCUCCUCAGAUCCUCUUCUGUUCUUCACAAUUUUUGUUUUUUUUGGGUGAUUUUGCUUUGUGGGUCUCGGUUUUUCUGUAUAAAGAUUCGAUUUUUAUUAGUAGGAAAGUGGAAAGCGAAUUAUUUUUCAUCUGGGUUUUGGUUUUUGAUGCGAUUGUUGUUGGUUUGUUUAUAA